CGCGGAAACAUCGCCAUCAAACGCUGCACAACCCGACGCCUGUAGGACAACAGCACCAGAGCAGUAUGUCAGCUUGGCGCCAUGUCUAUCAGGCGCCUGCCAGAUGAAGCUGUCGAUAAGAUCCAAUCCUCAGCUACAAUCUCGUGUCUCAACGAUGCCAUCAUCGGGCUGGUCUGGAACGCACUGGAUGCAAGGGCGUCUAGAAUCGUGAUUCAGCUUGAUUAUGUUCGUGGGAACGCCACAGUUGAAGAUGAUGGCCAUGGCAUCGAGCGUGGGGAGUUUGAGGAGACGGGAAAGCUCCUGAAACCGCACCAUACAUCACGCUAUCCUCCAGAUCCGCAGAUUUACGGCAAAAUGGGCAUGUUUCUAUAUUCCGUUGCUGCGUUAUCCCUUUUAGAAAUUACAUCGAAGCCAAAGAACGCUACUUCUCACUGUUCUCUCAUCGUUCGCAAUGGAGAACUUCUUGCGAGACACGUCCCAGCACAUCCUGGGCAAACGUCUUCCGCACACGAUCAUGGCACCCGAGUCGCAGUUAGUGAUUUGUUUGGGUCGAUGCCCGUGAGAGCGAAGCAUCGAGCUGUAAUGCUCUCUGCUAAAGCAGACGUUGAAAAAGAAAUCCGACGCCUUGCGUACAGACUUAUUGCAACCCUUCUCGCUUUACCGAUGUCUGUCGACGUAACACUCCGAGAUUUACGGCAUGAGAAAGAUUUCCGACUAAGGUCGACUACGAAUAUUUCUCUUGAGAGGCGGUUAGCAAGCCUUCUUCCCCAGAUUGGACUUCCAUCAUAUAUUAAUUCUACUACCAUGGUCCCUACGCGAGCUCAAUCAGAUGGCAUCGCUAUUUCCGGUUGUAUAUCCCUGGAACCAAGUGCCAGCCGACUCUUCCAGAUCAUAACUGUGGGAAUAUUGCCCGUUAUCAACGAAUAUGGCUACAAUGUCCUAUUCGAAGAAAUCAACAAGGCCUUUGCCAGCUCUGAUUUUGGCAUGAAUAAGAAUGACGCCGGAACAGAUGGGUUGGAAAAGGUCACAAACAGGAAGAGCUUGGACAAGUGGCCAGUGUUCUUUUUGCAAGUCACAUUCACCAACCCAAGGUUAGGGAACAGCUGUGACAGUUUAAUUGAAGGCGACUGGAGACUUGGUUCAUUGUUGCAGCUUUUACGAGCUAUGUGCUACGGGUUCUUAAAAAAGCACCACUUUCGACCGAAAGCUCCUCGGAAACCGAUCAAAAGACUCUUGGAGCAGGAAAACCCUCGCAGAUCUGUGCGACUGGCUGAGGCGAAGCAGCUUGAGAGUACAAAAGAGCCUUCAUUGUCUCGUUGGAGUCAUUGGAUAGUGGGAAACGCUACUUCAACAGUACCCGUCGGGAAAAACGAGAAACAUUAUGACAGUAAUAAGUCUUCAGAGAAGCUUGUUGACACUGACGGGCGAUUGCUAAGACUCCCCUUUGACGUUUCUUUAGCCGGAAGCUCUGAAGCGGCGCUUUCUUCCAGUGAAAUGCCAACCAGCCAACCCGGUUCGUGGAUACAGCGGGCGUUGGAUACCUGGAAGAACCCAAUUUUUGACUUGACGGGAUUACAAAUUCCAGCAACUGAGACUGCAAGAGGGCUGGUUCGGUCUGAUGGGAAAGAUGCUUGUGGGUUUGACCAUGACAUUGGAGCUCUGGGCUUGAACGGACAACUAUCGAAGUCGGCAUUGGCAACAGCAACCGUUAUAGCUCAAGUCGAUGAAAAGUUUAUCCUUGUGAAGCUGCCGUUAGAGGUCGAUGGUUUUGGUGCGAUAAGAUCCGGAGCGUCGACACUGGUCCUUGUUGAUCAACAUGCAGCGGACGAGCGGUUUCGUCUCGAAGACCUUAUGGCUUCAUACUUUUCGUCAUCUGACGGAGAACCCAUAACCGCAAUAUUAGAAAAGCUGGAGACUCCAAUAACUAUCGAGAUAUCCGCAAGCGAGGCGAGACUUCUGGCUCGGCGACAGCACUAUCUCGCGUCUUGGGGUAUAUCGUUUGAAAUUGACAACGUAGAUACGGAAGACAUUAUGGAUACAAGCACAAAUACCGAAUCCCCAAAAUCCACUAUUAUCAGAGUCACAGCAAUCUCGCCAGCCAUCCUCGCACGCUGUAGGUCGGAAGCCAAUUUGCUCGUUGGAAUCCUCCGCAGCGAAGCAUGGAAAGAAGGCAGCACGGCACCACCAUCGUCUAGUCAGUGUAUGGGGGAACCGAUGAAUGGACAUUUGCCAAACUUCCAAGCCUGCCCACGCGGGAUUCUUGAGCUAUUGCAAUCCAGAUCUUGUCGUAGCGCAAUCAUGUUCAACGACGUGCUGACUCAUGACGAAUGCUGUGAUUUGAUCCAGAGGCUAGCCAAAUGUGCUUUCCCAUUCCAAUGCGCUCAUGGAAGGCCAAGUAUGGCCCCUCUGUUAGAUCUGGGCCGGCGCCAAACCCUAGGCAGACGAACAUUACUCUCCGAGAAUGAGAGCAGUCACAUAGAGGCGUGGAAACGUUGGCUAACAAAAUAGAAUAUUUUGUAUACUGGGUUCUUUUUUUAUAGAAUAAUAUUGGAUUCUAUGUGCAUUUAUAUAAAUCUAAUAAUCAAAACGGGAUUUUGGUACCCAUUGAAGCUCAAACGCCGGUGUGUAAGCGCUCCCCAGCUAAAUACAGAAGCAUAGGCCGAGCGGUCGCAAUAGAAAGACCAUGUAGAGAUAAAACGCCCGAUAGUGCAGUUGGUAAAUAUACAAUUCAUUGAUACAAUGAUAAAGAAACGGCCGUUGAAUGACGUAACGUGCGAAAAAGGUGGCAGCAGCGCUUAAUUCGAGAGGAAGGGGGUAUCUUAGAGGCGGCCCUGGGCCUUGAGUUGUGUUUUCUUUCGUUGGAGCGCAGCCUGGCGCUGGUCCUUGGCAUCCUGGUCGUCUGGGCUAGACUUGACCCAUUCUUUGAUGUCUUU